ACCCUGCCUCACGCACUCUCGCACCUCCAAACCCCAAUCUCAAAACCCUAACCCAAAUCCCGACCCCUACCUCUGCGUUCCGCCGCCGCCAUGGGAGGAGAAGGAGCAGGCGGUGGCCGGAAGGCCCGCAACUUCGCGACUUUCCGCCUCUUCCCCCGCGAUGGCGCCGCCGACCCCAACGACCGCGUCUUCGUCCGCAUGGACAACAACCCCUACUCCAUCCCCGGCUUCGGCGACGACGAAGACCCCUCCCUCUCCCCAACCGCUGCCGCUGAUCAGUUCUCGUCCUCUGCUUCCGGCCCCCUCCCCGACCACGUUCGCCAGCAGAUCCUCGAACUCGGUCUCCCUGAUGACGGCUACAACUACCUUCUCCACCUCCGCGAGCUCCGGCCCACCGCUGCGGCCUCCUCUUUCGUCCCCAGCCAUAUCGCCCGCCCCGAGCCCCUUCCCCUCGACGUCAAGGCAUAUGAUGCAAGCAAGGUGCGGGUUGCUUCUGGCAAGGUGGAGGAAGAAUUGGACGAGGGGAGGACGAUGUGUAAGGUGGCUGCAAAGACGGCACCGGUGAGGCGGGUGGAGAAGGCCGUCGAUCCUGACGUUGCAAGGUUGCUCGAUGAGAGCGAUGAUGAGGGUUUGGAGGAGGAUUUUGUCAUCAUGGCUAACCAGGCUGAAGGAGGUGAGGUGGAUGACGAAGAGGAGGAAGAGGAGCAUGGCGUGUUCAGUGAUAUGGAAAAUGACUUGGAGUUCGAGGAUGAAGAGGGUGAGCCCAAGCAGAGGGUGCCACGGUUGCUGGACGAACAGUUUGAUUUGCUUGCGUUGGAAGAAUAUGGAGAUAGUGAUGGUGAUACUGGAGGUGUUAGAGAUGGGGAAAGUGAACUCCCAACCCAGGUUAUAGAUGAAUUGAAGCUGUUCCACAGUCAAAGUGUAUACGUUGAUGAAGUAUAUAGAACACCAGGAGAAUUUGUUCAUGGAAAGUUGGACUCAAGCACUGCAGAAGAGGCGGAAGAAUCUGCUAAACUGAUCCAAAAAUGUGCUGAAUAUGCUGAAGGGUAUUUAAAUGGAACUGCGGACGAAGAGGUCAUGCUUGUUUCAGAAAGCAGUGAUGAAUCUGAAGUUUGGGACUGCGAGACUGUUGUUUCCACAUACUCUAACUUAGACAAUCACCCUGGCAAAAUUCACACUCCAGGAAAUCCCAGAAAUCGUCUUCCCAAAGUCUUCCCUGGAGAAACAGCUAGAACAAAAGAUAUAAUCAAGCUUCAAGGGAAAGAGAAACUUCCAGUAGAAUACCUACCACAGAGGAAAAGAAAUUCUGAAAAGGAGAAGAAAGCGAAACCAGCAGAAGUGGAGUCUACAGGUGAUGAAUAUUUUAAGAAAGUAGUUCAAAAGGAAACAAAGGAUGAAAAGAAAGCAAGAAAGUCUGCAGUAAAAGAAGAGAAGAGAGAAGCCCGUAAAGCCAAAAAAGAGCUCAAAGGACUUUACAAAUUUGAAACACAGAAGGCUCAGAAAGUUGCUGCUGUUACAGGACCAUCCUCUAUACGGCUAUUGUAAUUGUUCUGGUCGUACCUCACAUGUUUUCUAGCAUAACUACAUAGCGGAACUGUUGAAGCCAUAAGGAAAAUCCUCCAGAUUCCAGAGUAAGAUUCCAGUAACAUGUUUUCAUGACAUGCUUGUAGUUUUUGUUGACAUCAGAGAUUCAGAAACAGUGGAAGCUUUUGUUCGCCAUUAUUUUCUGUGCUGAAUGUCCCAGUUUUGUGUUACCUUGAUGAGGAACAUGUUAUAUAUGGCAAGGCAUGGUAAUGAGCACAGUACGGUAAUCAAAUGAGACAGUAGUUUUGUAAGCUUAUGCAGAAAUUUGUGAGAUCCAAAAUACCUUCAGAAAUCCCUUGUUGCAAACAGAUAAUGUGAAGAUUGGGAUUGGAGUGAAA